CUACAUAGGGGUUGUAAAUGUUAGCAAGGGAUGACAAGUCUGAUGCUAAAGUAGUGUUUACACGUAUCGAUGGUUAUUUUCUGUCAUCUAUAAGCUGUCAUCUUUUAAAAUACCUUGGUAUUCGCAAUGAAGAAAUGAACUUCAUCAACGCUACGUUGCUACUUGCUCAAAAUGAACGAGAAACAUUUUCCGUGAACAUAGGAAAAAACUUAAGCCCACGGAAUAAACUAGCGUGACACCACUGGAUGUGUGAAAGCAAAUUUAAAUGUCUAAAUUAAAUACACAUCUCACGGAGGCACGUCUGAUCAGCUGAUGAGUGGUAACAGACAGAGAAGUCUCAUUGUUUUCGGUUAUGGCGACAAGCAGCUCUGACGGAUCUUGUGCAGCGCCCGCAGAUUUUCAGCUUUCGUCAGAAUUGGAAGACGUUGCAUCCCGUCUUAGUAUCAAUUUAUUAAAGUGUCCCUUGUGCCAUAACAACCGAAGGAUUUUCUACUGCAGACAGUGCAUCCACAAUGGGGAUUUUAUUCAUUCAACUUCUGUUUACUCUGAACGGUUUGCGGAUAAACAGUUACGGCUGUUACGGCUGAAGGCUGCAAAAUCUCAGUUAGAAGAAAAAUGUAUGAAAACUCUGGAAAAAGUUAGACAGAAGGAUAAAUUGAUAUGUGACAUAAACACUUGUAAAGAACGGGUAAAACUACUGCAAUCUCUCGUGAAUGAAACAAGACAAAGCAUAAAUACAGGCAACCAAAGGUUAAACAUCCUCAGAGAUGUAAAUGCACAAUUGGCGCUGCGAUUGCCUAGACAUGAGGACCGUGUUGAUAAAUUACAGCGGUAUGUAACAGGAAUAAAAACGAAACAAGAAAAGCAGAGAGAAACUGUAGAGAGAAAGAGACAAUUGCACAAGAAAGUCGUUAGAACUGCUAGCCAACAAUUGAUUGAUUUCAUCUUUCCCAUCUCCCAAAUAAAACCCAGCCGAAGUUUGUACAGCAGUGAGGAUGAGAGUGUUUGCGGGGAUUUGGUUAGCUGCGCUCUUGCAGAUGCUUCCAGAACUUCAUACGUUAGAGGCAGGUGGGUUAACGAUACCGAGAAUAGUUUGGAAAUGCAGCAUUGCAUUGUUGCACCUACCUUGCCAGGAACUGGAGAUUAUUCAGCCUAUUCUGUUUGGGUGGCAGCUAACAAAGAUGGAGUGCCUGGUGGAAAUAAGGAAAAUGCAAUGCACAAUCCGGGCUAUAAUAUUAGCGCUGCAUUAACUUACACAACCCAGCUCGUUAACGUUCUUGCGUUUUAUCUUGAUGUAAAACUACCAUACAAGCUUGCUUACAGUGAAUUUUGUGGCAGCGAAAUGUCAGACCAAAAAUUUGCCAGAAAGGUGGCAAGGCUCAAUAGCAAUGUAUUACACCUGUGUUUCACGCAAAACACAAAUCUUUCGUAUUUACAUCCCACACACACGUUGCAGAAUAUACUACACUUGCUCAAUACUGAAAUCAGCAAUCUCGGAAGGUGUGGUCCAAUGGAAGCAGAUUCAGCUACAGCUUCAUUAAUGCACAGUCAGCUCAUUCCUGAUCUAGAUGCUAGCGACGAUUCUGCUUCAGACGAAGAGGAAGACACAUUUAAUUGGGAAUGGGAGGCUGUUCCACACGUCACCUGUCCAGAAAUGAUGGUCCCGAUCCCAGGUGGAAUAACCAGCCAACAAUCAUCGGCUAGCAUGCAGGUGAAUCAAAGCGUGGCUGGUGGUCUCGUGACAAGUGCAGCAGCUAGUAUAGCUUCGAUAUGGCGGGGAUGGACUACUAAUAAAUAGAUUAUGAAAAUAACUUGCAAUGCGCGAGUUCAGGAAAUAAUCUCGUAAGGUUGUUUCUAAUGAGAGAAUACGCCUUCCUUUAGAAGGUUUCUCUUAAAAAUUGUGAUGUUUGUUGAAACCAAGUGCAAGAGUCCUUGGUACGCGCGGAAUAUUAUGUAAAAAUCAUUAUUCUUACUCUUUAAUAUGUAUUUUCUUAGAGUUGUAACAUUAAAAACUUAUAAAUUUGUACAAAGAAA